AUGGAGUACACACGCCAGGAGACCAUGGCGUGGCACGAGAGCCUUUUUGCAUUCCAUGAGCAUAACAAUCGCAGGAUGCAGCACGCUCUUGAGGAAAUGGCGGCCGGCAAGGUUCCUCAAUUGCAACCAGCACCAUCUCCUCCACCACAACCAGUGCUGCUUACCUUUGAGGAGUUUCUGGCACAGAACUCUAGCCCCUCGCCGGGAACCGGUGGAUCUACCGUUGGUGGUGGUGCUGGUCUUGGCACCACUCCUGAGUCACGGAGCCCGAUCACUCCGAUCCACGGAGGCGGAGGCGAUGGCGGUGGCGGUCUUGGCGGUAGCGCUGCCGCUAGCAGUGAUGACUUGGGCUUCGGCGGACUUGGCAGUGACGACCUUGGCAGUGCUCGACGUCCUAGCGCUUAA